CAACUAAAGUAGUUGAUAUUUACAUGACUACAUGACUAUAUACUGAUACAUUGCUAGUGAAUGAUACGGUUGUUAAUGAUUUAGAAGAAAUCAACGCAUUCUACAUUCUAAAUGAUGAAGACCAUGAUUUGCCAUAUGCGUUACCAAAACACCAUUGAUGUUGCGCACACACAAUAAAUUUAAUAUCAACAAUGGACUCUAAAAAAGCUUUGUCUAAUCUUGCAUACAAAAAACAGUCACGAAGCACUUUUGCCAAGUUUACUGCUUUGUGGAAUAAACAAGGUCACUCAACUAAGUCAGCUGAUUUAUUUAAACAAAAUCUUGUUGUUUAUUUAAUUACACCCAACGAGACACAUUGGAAUUCACUGUAUGAUGCAGUGGUGCUGCUUAUUAAAUAAAUUUAAAAUAAUGAACUUAAGUUUAGAAUAAUUAUGGACACAUUGGCUAUUGACAGAAGUGAUAUUUAUUUCAUGAGUCAAUAUCAAACAAUUAUGGGGCCAAUUUCAAUAAGCUUGGAUUUACUUCAGGGUGAUACUAACUUGUACUUUGGUCAACUUCUACCUACAAUUGAAGAAUUAAUUUAUAAAUAUGAAUUAAUGACAAGUGAUCAAACAGUAUCUAAUUAUUUGAAACUUCUGGUGACUGCCAUACUUCUUGGUAUGAAAACAAGAAUUUCCAAUUAUUUGAUAGACACAUUUUUAAUUACUGCUGCAGUCUUCCACCCACUUUUAAAAAAAUCAUAGAUUAAAAAUGAUAUAAAAAAAUAAUUGGUCCCAGAAUAUUUAAAAAGUGCCUGUUAUGACUUACAUACCAGUGAUAAUGACAAUAAUGAUGUAGAAGGUAACCAAAUGAAUGAUAAUUAAUCUACUUUUUUUACCUGGUCACAAAAUUCCCGAGAGGAAAAAUCAACAGUUAGUGAUAGAUAUAGAUAUUUGGGCACAUCUCCAACAAAGAAUUUAGAAUGUUUGCAUAAUUUACCCACUAUCCAAAAAUUUUCAGAUAUUUGUGAAGUACAACAUUCCACUACCUAGCAGUGCAUCAGUAGAGAGAGUUUUUAGUAGUGGUGGUGCAACAAUAACAAAAAAAAGAUCAAAUAUGAUGGAUCAGCAUUUUGAACAAAUAAUGUUCUUAAAAUGCAACACUCAAAUGUUCGAUUAAUAUAAUAUAUUAUGAAUGAUUCAGAA